AUGGAGAGCAAUCAAAAUAUAAGUGGGUCUGGACCUCUUCCAUCCUCAACAGUAGAUGAACAAGGAGUUCAACCUCAAGGCAUUGAGACAAAUACUCAACAGCCUAUGGUCACUCCUGCUGUUCCUGCUACUAAAAAGAGGAAGGAAAUAGGGUUAAGAUCCAAAGUCUGGGAUCACUAUGAAAGGACCCUUGAUUCUAAUGGGAAAUUACUUAGUUCCACUUGCCUUUACAGCAAAAAGGUUUUUGCCAGUCAAUCUAAAAAGCAUGGCACAUCAUCUUUAAGGAACCACAUUAUGGCCUGUCUUAAAAAUCCUCACUCGAAGGAUACAAGGCAGUCCAUACUGACUUUCAAUGUUGUUUCCACUUCUGGAACAGAUGCUCCUGAGGGAGUUCUGGGGACAUGGGUGUUUGAUCAAGAGGCCAUUAGGAGGGCCUUAUGUGAGAUGAUUAUCAUAGAUGAGCUCUCUUUUAGGGGGGAGUAUAUUGCAAAAGCCCUAGAGAGCUGUCUAUUGGAGUGGGGGAUUAGAAAUGUGUUCACUAUUACAGUGGACAAUGCCUCUUCUAAUGAUACAGCUUUGGGGUACUUUAAGAGCAAGUUGUUAUCUUGGGGUUGUUCUUUUGUUAGGCUGCAGUACUUGCACAUGAGGUGCAUAGCACAUAUCCUAAACCUAGUGGUCCAAGAUGGUUUGAAGUAUGCAGAUGAGUCUGUUAAAAGGGUGAGGGAUGCAGUGAGAUGGGUUAGGAACUCACCUGCUAGGUUGCAAAAGUUUAGGGAACUAGCUGAUCUGAUUGGGGUGGAAGCUAAGUCAGCCUUGCAUCUUGAUGUCCCUACUGGGUGGAACAGCACCUACAUCAUGCUUAACACUGUAAUUGAAUAUCAAAGAGUGUUUGAUAUGCUUGCAGAAACUGACCCCUCCUUUUCUGCUGAUUUGGAUGAUGUCCCUUGUUUUCUGGAUUGGAGUUCUGUGGAAAGCUUAGUUAAGCUUUUGAAAACUUUUUAUGAGAUGACAGUGAGAAUUUCUGGUUCUCUCUAUGUCACUUCUAACACAUUCUUCUCUGAGAUCUCUGAUCUCAGUUUCAUGCUGGAAGAUAUGGUUUUGGCUGAGCCUGAAACUGAUAAGGUAAUGGGGCAACAAAUGAAAACCAAGUUUCAUAAAUAUUGGGGGGAUCUAGCAAAAAUGAACUUUCUCAUUUUUUAUGCCAAUAUUCUGGACCCCAGAGAUAAGGAGGAAUACAUGCCUCAUCAGUUUGUCCAGCUUUAUGGAGAAGAGAAAGACAAAUCUUUUUUUGCCAAGGUCCAAACUGCCAUGUCUGUGUUGUAUGCUGAUUAUGCAUCUACCUAUUCUGUCAGUUCAACCCCCUCUGAAUCCUCUACUCAAUCUGUCCAGUCUGAGGCUACCUCAAUUGGUAGGCCUCAGUCAAGGUUGAAGAGUCAGUUGAAAAAAAAGAGGAUGGAGGGUGGUGGUGGAAGCAGUAAGCAGACAGAGCUGCAAGUGUAUUUGAGUGAGAGUAUAGUUGAGGAUGAUGAAGAUGCCACUUUUGAUGUUUUAAAGUGGUGGAAGGGCAAUAGUGAGAGAUUUCCUAUUCUCUCUAAAAUGGCUAGAGAUCUGCUUGCAGUUCCUAUUUCCACAGUUGCAUCUGAGAGUGCUUUUAGUACAAGUGGGAGGGUGCUUGAUCUAUUUAGGAGUUCCUUGACUCCUAAAAUAGUGGAAGCCUUACUUUGUACCCAAGAUUGGUUGAGAUUACCAAAUCAAGCAAUCACGGUUGAGGAAAACUUAGAUGAGGUUGAAAGACUAGAAAAAGAAUUGCCCACUGGAUGCAGAAGAAGAGUGAAAAUGAUGUCUGCUAGAUUGAAUGCUGUUGAUCAGUUGAUGUGCUGA